UGGUCCAGCAACGGGAUGGUACGACCCAGGUCGUAUAGGAUUUCCUUCCUACUCCUCCCGUCCUCCGCGUCGCCGCAAGGAAAAGGCGGUGCCCCUGCUUUUCCGCCGACUGCCUCGGCGGCGGCCACAGCGGCACCGUCCUGCACAAGUGAAAGAUCUUGUCCAGGCUCCUCUGACGACUGCUUCGCCGGCGUCCGCACCGACACCGUCCAGGACAAGGUCAAGGUGGUCUUCCUGCUCCUCCAUCGACUGCCUCGGCAGUCGGCAGCGCCACACCGGUACGGCGGUACCUUCUCUUCACGGCAGCCAACCAGUAGGGAGUUUGUAUUUGUAGCUUCAUAUUCAAAAGUAGUCAACAUGGUGAAGCUCACAGCAGAAGAGCUCCGGAGGAUUAUGGAUAAGAAGAACAACAUCCGUAACAUGUCUGUUAUUGCUCAUGUGGACCAUGGGAAGUCUACGCUUACAGGUUCCCUUGUGGCAGCUGCUGGGAUUAUUGCCCAGGAAGCCGCGGCAGAUGUCCGCAUGACUGAUACUUGUGCAGAUGGAGCUGAACUUGGUUGUACAACCAAGUCUAGUUGUAUCUCUCUUUUUCAUGAGAUGAGUGAUGAAUCACUCAGGCUGUACAAGGGCGAGAGGGAUGGGAAUGAAUACUUCAUAAACCUGAUUGAUUCUCCUGGGCAUGUUGAUUUUUCUUGUGAAGUCAGGGCUGCUCUUCGUAUCACUGAUGGUGCUUUGGUGGUUGUUGACUGUAUUGAGGGUGUUUGUGUGCAGACAGAAAUUGUGCUUCAACAAGCUCUUGGUGAGAGGAUCAUGCCUGUCCUUGCAGUGAACAAGAUGGACAGGUGCUUUCUUGAGCUUCAGCUUGAGGGUGAGGAGGCCUAUCAGACUUUCUCCUCCGUAAUCCAAAAUGCAAAUGUCAUCAUGGCAACAUAUGAAGAUAAGAUCCUUGGUGAUGUUAUGGUCUGCCCAGGAAAGGGAUCUGUUGCUUUUUCUUCUGGUUUGCACGGCUGGGCGUUCACUCUUGCCAGCUUCGCCAAGAUGUAUGCCCCCAAGUUCGGAUUCGAUGAAGCUAUGAUGAUGAAGAAGCUGUGGGGUGACAAUUUCUUCAACCCAGAGACAAGGGAAUGGACUUCAGAGCACGAUGGCUCUCGUUCCUGCGUGCGAGGGUUUGUCCUGUUCUGCUAUAAGCCAAUCAAGAAAAUCAUCAACAUGUGCAUGAGUGAUCAGAAGGAUAAGUUGUGGCCUGUGUUGCAGAAGCUUGGUUUGACCAUGACGGAUGAGGAGAAGAUGCUAACCGGCAAGGCACUCGUGAAGCAUGUUAUGCAAACAUGGCUGCCAGCGAGUCGUGCUCUUCUUGAUAUGAUAGUGUACCACCUCCCCUCUCCAUCAAAGGCACAGAAGUAUCGUGUGGAGAACUUGUAUGAUGGACCCCUCAAUGAUGUAUAUGCCACUGCUAUUAGGAACUGUGAUCCUGAAGGUCCUCUGAUGUUGUACGUUUCCAAGAUGAUACCAGUAUCUGACGAGGGCAGAUUCUUUGCCUUUGGCCGUGUCUUCUCAGGGAAGGUUGCAACGGGCCAGAAGGUCCGUAUCAUGGGUCCCAACUAUGCCUCUGACCACAAGAAGGAUCUGUGUGUGAAAAGUGUGCAGCGAACUGUUAUCUGGAUGGCAGAUAAACUGGAGGCUGUUGAAGAAGUUCCUUGUGGUAACAUUGUUGCUAUGGCUGGUCUGGACGAGUCAAUCACAAAGAAUGUAACACUCACGAAUGAGAGGUCAGUUGAUGCCUGCCCAAUCCGAGCAAUGAAGUUCUCAAUGUCCCCUGUUGUGCGUGUUUCUGUUGAGUGCAAAGUUCCCUCUGAUCUUCCCAAUCUUGUUAAGGGUUUGAAGAGUUUGGAAAAAUCUGAUCUCAUGGUUCGUUGGGCCAUGGAAGAAUCAGGUGAGCAUGUUAUUGCUGGAACUGGGGAGCUUCAUCUUGAGGUCUGCUUGGAGGAUCUCAAGAAAAACUUUGUGGGUGGUGCUGAAAUUAUUGUUUCCCCAUUCGAAGUUGACUUUCGUGAGACUGUCCUAGCUGUAUCUGAACGUGAUGUUAAAUGUAAAUUCAAGAACAAUCACAAUUACCUCUGUAUGAGGGCUCUCCCCUUGGAGAAUGAGGUGUUGGAGGCAAUUAAUUGUGGCCACUUUGAUCCAGGUGAUACUUCUGCUGCUUCCUCCAAAUUCUUGUCUGAAAAGCUGAAUUGGGGAGAGGGUGACAUGGAAAAUGUUUGGUGCUUUGGGCCUGAGACCACCGGCGCCAACAUUCUUAUAGAUAAGUGCAAUGGGUUGACAAAUGAGAUUAAGACUUCUGUUUUUUCUGGCUUCCGAUUAGCAUCAAAAAGCGGUGUGUUGGCUGAUGAAGAUAUGCAUGGCAUUAGCUUUAUGGUUUCUAAUGUUGUUCUACAUGCUGAUGUUAAUCAAAGGGGUCUUGAUCGAGUAGCUUCAGCAGCCCAAAGGGCCAGUCUUGCUUCUCAGCUCCUUGCUAAGCCGAGGCUGCUUGAGCCUGUCUACCUGGUGAAGAUACAGGUACCUGAGCAGGCACUUAAUGCUGUUCAUGGUGUUCUAAACGAGAGGGGACUGGAGAUCUUAAAGGAGAAGCAGAUACAGAGGUUUGGUAACAUACUGUACAUUAUUGAGGGUAGGCUUCCUAUUCAAGACUCCUUUGGUUUCUCCAAGGCAAUCAGGGAUGCAACUUCAAAGCAGGCUGUCUCUCUUCUGAUGUUUAAUAAUCGUUGGGAGAUGAUGUAUUCUGACCCAUUGAAUAUCCGAUCUCCAGCUGCUGAACUUGUCAACAGGAUCCGCAGGAGGAAGGGCCUGCCCUUGCACAUCAGCACUGCCUCUGAUCUGGAGGCCAAGUUCUAAUUUUUUUGUUUAUUUCAUUCGCUGAAUCAGAAAUCCUAGACUUAAGCAACCUUGGUCAUUAAAGGAACUCAAGUCCUAUGAGGCAGAGAAGUGCUUAGCUGCAUUUGGAGCACAGACAAUUCUCCGGAGAUCACCACCCUAUUUGAUCUGGACGGUAAGUUCUAAGGUGUUUGGUUUGCCGAUUUUGAGUCUAGUCAGAUUACAGUGUUAAUUUUUUUUUGUUUUGGUUUGAGAAUAACCCUUGCCAUUAAAGUGUUAACUGAAUGCCUUAGAUUUUGUUUGUUUGAAGUUGCUCGUAAUCCGAUACUGUAGUAGCACCGUAACAGAUACGGGACCUGUGUAAAUCCCUAAGGGCAUGUUUGGUUAAUCCCUACACCAAAUGGGUUGGAGAGUGUUGAAGUAUAUUGGAGAGAAUUUUAACAUA